AUGGCUGACAAGCAGAAUGUUAAAGAAAGUGAGGUGGAUAAGAAUUUGGCACUUCAACGAAUAUUACUAGAACAAGAAAAAGAACGUACAAAACAAGCAAAACAACGUGCAAAAGAAAAACUAGCAGAACAACGUACAAAACAAGCAGAACAACGUGCAAAAGAAGCAGAACAACUUGCAAGGAUUGAAGUUGCAAGAACAGAACAAUUAAGGUUGGAGAAACAAAAAAGAGACGACGAAAACAAAGAAAGAAGCAAGCUAAUGAAAACAAUCGAUGGUCAAUUUAUAUCAAUAAGCACUAGUGCCCUGAAAUUAUUGAUAGAUGAGAGCGGUUAUUACGACAAAUUUGUAGCGCCUUAUUUAUAUCCGAUCGAUAUUGUACCUUUAUUAAAUGAUAAUAAUAUUAACGUUACCAAUGAUAUGAUAAAUAUUUUUGCAAAGCAUUUUAAUCCUUUAAAGUCAUGUGGUAAAAUAGUAGAAGAUACUGUUCAGUUUGUAUUCGAUCAAGCAAUAGAGGAAUUAUUUACUACAUUUAAGAUGUAUACAUCAUUGAACUAUUUAAGCACAAGGCGCAAGUUUUAUUUAAACGGGCUAGCUCCUGGUUGUACUUUUAUAUACAAAAGUAUUAAAAUCGAUCAAAACGAUGAACAUGAGGCUUUACAAGAUUUUGCCGUUUGCCUUGGUGAAUUAAAAUCAACACUAAAAGAAUCUCUUGAAGAUAAAUCAUGGAUUGGACAAUUGAUGCGUUAUUUGGAUCUUCUAUUGGAAAUACAAAAUCGUGAGAAAGUCUAUGGAUUCUUAACAAAUGUUCAAUAUAUAAGAUUUUACUGUGUUGAAAAGAACCAAAAUUCGCCUUUCAAUAAUUAUUAUCACAGUAAAGAUUUCAAUAUGUUUUUUAUGCCGUCUGCAUCAUCAUCACGUGCUGAUACAUUACAACUAAACAAAAACGCGAAACAAAGAGUUUUUAAUAUAGAUACAAUGGAACUAUUUAUUAAAUUUUUAACAAUGAAUGCAAGCUUUUAUGAAUACCGAACGUUAAAUAUAGAUCCUGAUGAAAGCUUGUUGAGUGAUACAUUUUACAUAAAAACAAGAUUGGGAAAUGGUGCGACUUCAAUGGUUUAUGAGUUAGUUCGGAACGAUUAUAAUCAAUCACCUGAUUAUUCAAAACUCCGUGCAAUAAAAAUUUCUAAAGCACCUGAGCAUGAACCAUGUUUUAAAAAUGAAGUUAAAAUAUUAAAGCAAUUAGAAAGUUCAGAUAAUUUUAAAUUAUUUUACGAAAAUGUUUUGAACUCAUCACCUACAGGUAAAUUUAUAAUAUUUGAAAAUUUAUUGUUCGAAUUGCAGUCAUUAACAUUAAUUCAAUCAAAACAAUUUAUUGAUAUCAUUGAAUCAUUAUAUAAUUGUCGCAUUAUUCAUCGUGAUAUACGUCCACAAAACUUGAUGCUAGAUAAAAAAUGUGAACGAUUAAAAUUAAUUGAUUUUGGCUAUGCUGCAACUUUUGAAAUUAAUCAAGAAACAAAACAACUACCUAUUGAAGGAGUAAUUUCGUAUGCGGGUCUGAAAUUUUUUUCAACAUUAUUACUCAAUCCAGUAAUGGUUUGUUGUUAUGAAUAUGAGCGAACUUUUGAUCUACCAUGUGCAAUAAAUCUUAUAAUGUAUAUGACAGAUAAUGACGUUAAAGAGAAACUCAGGUCAUUCAAAGACUUGCAAUCUAUUCAAGAGAGGAUGGGUGCAGCAUAUAGUUAUUGGCUUGAUAGAAAAAAUAAAAACAAGAAUUAUGCUGAUUUAUUAAAUUUAAUUGAUAAUUCGCAAGGAUCACCAGACUUUGGCCUUAUCAAGAAUGAAAUAGAAACAUAUUUUAAUAUGUUACAUUGA